GCAAACACACACACACACACACACACACAUACAUGCGCACGCCUACAGACGCUCAGUCAAACAUUCAGACCCACGCUGAAUCAUUCACCAAAGAUAAAAGACACCGUGUUGGCCUGAGAAAGAGGGAGGGAGAGUUAGAGAAGAGCAACAGCGGUUCCCUCCUUCUCUUUCAUUCACUUCCUCUCUCCCUCUCUGCACUAAGGAGACCUCGCUGCUCAGCCUGCACACGCCUAUCCUUUUGAUGCUGGGCACAAGAAUUUCACAUCUGUCACACAAGGACCAUAACAGAUCACAUGCAGUCUCAGCGACGUGUGGAAGUGGUUGGCGAUCCAAAUGGCUCUCGGGUUAUCUUCUCCAGGGACGCUGGAGUUUCCUCAGGCCAGCAGAUCCUCACUUCUCCAGAGCUGGCCCAUGAGGUGGUCAUCUCCCCUGGGCUGCCUACACCUCCUCUGAGCCCUUUUCGCUCAGCAGGGUUGCCAUUUGGAGAGAUGAUGUCAGAGGUGAAUGGAAAUGGACCAACAACUCUCAGCUUUGGAUCUUACUAUGGCCCCUCACAAUUGCAGGGUGGACUGUCCAACGGCGUCCAGAGCUCUGGCACUUUACCACGCAGCUGGACGCCCACCAGGGAGGAGAGGCUGAUCAAGUUCUCAGGAAUUGGACCAGUGGAUGAAACUGGGAUGCCCAUUGCCUCCAGAUCAAGUGUGAACAAGCCCAGAGACUGGUACAAGAGCAUGUUCAGACAGAUUCACAAGAAGCCAGAGGAACCCGAGCUGGAGGAUUCGGAGCGGUGGUCAGCCGAACGGCUCCAGCUAUCUGCCAACACAGAAGAAAGAAAUGAAGCAGACAAGAAUCUCUUCAGACUAACACCUUAUGGUGCUCUCCCAGACUGGUGCGAGGAUGUAGAUAAGCUGUCAGACCCGGGAAAGCAGCCCCCUCAGCCGAGGAGCAUAUUCGACUUUGAGCCUGGAAAGAGCACCCCCUCGGGAAGCCACAGCCAGGACCGCGUGUCCCCAAAGAAACAACUGGAGACACCAAAGUCCACUUCAAUCGAGGCCAGCCUGGUCUCUGAGCUGAGUCGGUUUGAGGCUGAGCUGGACUCGGAGAUCCAGGGCCUAGAGAGGACCCUUUCCCAGAAGAAGCAGCGACGAGGCCGGGGUGAGGGGGCCAGAGACAGGGAUCCGGCAACUGCUCCAACGACUGCAACUACAAACUACAGCAAUUCAUCAGCAGCCAAGCAACCUGUCCAUCGCUCUGUUGGCACAUCAUUGACCUCUGCUCCCACACAUGUAGAACGUCCUUCCCCUGCAAAUGAAACCAUGGAGCUCCCACCUAAGAAAGAGGAGAAAAAGAUGAAAGCGGCGCGAGCCAAGUUCAAUUUCCAGGCUCAGACACCCAAGGAGCUCACGCUGCAGAAAGGCGACAUAGUUUACAUCCACAGGCAGGUAGAUGCCAACUGGUUUGAAGGAGAACAUCACGGAAGAGCUGGCAUUUUCCCCACGUCUUAUGUGGAGAUUCUGCUUCCCACUGAGAAGCCCACACCUAUGAAGUCUCCCACUCUGCAGGUGUUGGACUACGGGGAAGCUGUGGCUCUGUUUAACUUCAGCGGGGACCUACCUGUGGAACUUUCUUUUCGUAAAGGUGAGACGAUCAAUAUAACCAGGCGUGUUGACGAAAUGUGGUUAGAGGGGAGGAUCUCAGGGACCAGCCGGAGCGGCAUCUUCCCAGCCAGUUAUGUCCAGGUCAACAAGAUGCCCCGUACCAAAUUCUCUACUGAUGACUUCUCGCCAGGCCCCAUGUCUCCCGUCUCCCCUGGACCCCAGAGUCCAGGGCGUCCCCUCCACUCACCGUGCCCACGCUCACCAUUAUCCCCUUUCACCCCCACUUCCCUCAGCCCCAAACCUGAACACUCCCCACUCAAGCCAUCUUCGCCUGUACCUUACGGCAGCACAGCUUCACAGUCACGCUCCCCCACCCAGACACCCGUAUCCAAAGAAACGGCCGAUUGGCUGCCCUCCAAACCGGCUUCCUCACCCACCAACCUGAACAGCCACUGGGCUGGGACACACUCGGCCAACCAGAGCUCCGUGGCCGGAGCCGUUUCACCUUCCACACAGUCGUCAGCGUCUGUACACACUCCCAGACCCUCUGACCCCUCACAGGGUGCGAUACGAAACCAGGCGGCUCGGUCUUAUCCACACGUCAACUCCCUGCCGCAAACACAAGUGCCAAACAACCCUGAUUCAACAGUGGUGCAACGCCAACCAUAUAAAGCUGUUUACAACUACAAACCACAGAAUUCCGAUGAGUUGGAGCUCAGAGAAGGAGACAUUGUGCAAGUGAUGGAGAAAUGUGAUGAUGGCUGGUUUGUAGGUACGUCAGAACGGACUCGUGCUUUUGGGACCUUUCCUGGGAAUUACGUGGCACCUGUUUGACCCGCUCACUUCAUGCUUGCCCACAUCCACCUGGACUCAUAAGAGCCCAACCAAUCACUCACUCCGCUCUCUCCAACAGAUCCUCUUUUGACACCGCAGCAUUCAUUCAUCACACCCCCCUAACACGGCUUAGUCAGACCUGCAUGUUCAACAGAGGUGAAGGCAGGGACAAUGAGUGGUUUACACCUCACUUCCCUGCAUGGGUGCGCGUGUGUGUGUGAGAGAUUGUGUGCGUGUGUGGAAAGUGUUUUCACACACACCACUUGAGAGAGAAAAGAAUGAAUGCUGAUGAUACUGUUUCACAUAAUGGACCUUUUUGUUCCACACAUAGUUGCAGCUGAAGGAAAUUUGCAUUCCUUCCCAGUGAACAGCACCGUUCCUUCUGAGGUCCUGACACCGUGUGACACUGCAUUCAGCGGCUUCUGUUUUUUGUCACCGCAGCGCCAUCACACAAACCACUGCUGAGAAUUUAGGAAUUAGGAUGGCACAUUUUCAAUGGAUUUCUUUUUAAUGUGUCCUUCAAAUAUCUUCCUCAGAUUCUCUUCCAGUUCUCUGAAAGUUUCCUGGGCAAGUUGGAAGAAAACGACACCGACAUCUGUAGAUUAAUGUGUUGAGUACAGUAAGGGCGCGGCCGUGUCAAGAGACGUUUACAGCCUUUUACACAGCUAUGCAGAAGAGGAAAUACAAGUAAUGUGUGUACUGGUUUCCUAAGAAAGUUAAUCAUUUGAGAAAAUUUGGCCUUUUUUUUUUUUUUUUUUGGGAUGUCCCUCUGACGCCAUGAAGUGGAACGCCAAACGUGAAAGUAAAGAGAUCAUGUUCUGCGCUUAAGUAAGUUGCUUUGCUCUGAAAUGAAAUGUCAAACUACGUCGUAAAGUUGAUCUACUUCAAUUGUACAAGAUCGGCCGAGUUGAAUAGCUCCAUCUUAAAUCUGUGGGUGAAUGAUCUUUUGAAGAAUUUGAAGUACUGUAAAACUCUGAGUGCCAAAUCUGACCUUUCAUGAAAUUUUAAUUUCUUUGAAUUCUCCAUUAAACAAUACGAGCUGACUUUAUUUCUGCAACUACUGCUGUUAUGUUUCCUCUGCUUACGGGAAAAAAACAUUCUCACUUUGACAGUAUUUCCAAAAUCACUGAAGUUUGUACCAGUGCAACUUUUCACAAGUGUGACCUUUCUAAACCCUAAUUAGACAUGAUCAUCAUGAGGUCAUUUUGCAAUUUGAUAUGAUGCAUUCACGAUUUAAACUGUAAAAAUGACUAUUUAGUAGACAUAGGAGGUGAUUGUACAGACUGUAACCUUUUAUCAAAUUCAAAGUAUAAUAUAUAUUUGCUUAUAAAACAAUGUAUCUCUUAUGUAUGGUACGCAAUUUUUUUUAAGCAAUUAAACAUUACAGAGUGAUACUGA